AUGCUGAGGAUGGAAGGAUUGCUUGAAAUGCAAGAAGAAGAAAUUCCCGAUGAUGAUCAAAUCCAAAUGCCAAAAGGAAUGUUUGGAAGGUUCUUCGGAAAGAAAGAUCCACCAAAAUCCAGGGACGAGAAGUGGAUCAAACGUCGUUUUGUCUUGACAGAUGAUACAUUUCGUUAUUUCCGACCAUCAGAAAACUCAGAGAGAGAACGGAGAGACCGAGCAUUAGCAGCAAUGAACAGCAGGACGGCUCCUAGGAUCGAGUUCGGAAGCGAUAAAAUAUACACUCGAGACUUUGAGGAAAUCUUGGUGAAUCUUGGCAAUUUUGUUAUCUGCUCUGAGGUCAGGCAACUCAAUGCUGCCAAGAUAGCUGCCACUCAGAAGGAGGCAAAGCGGAAUCAAGUCAUGGCAUAUUUGAGAUGCAAUGACACGCAUUUAAAGGCUCGUGAUUGGCAGGAUCUAGCCUAUCCAGGAUUUGCGAUCCGUGAAAUAGCUCCAAGGUCUAUCGCUGCCGAAAGCAGACUUCAAGUCGGCGAUGUCAUCGAGAAAGUGAACAAUUGCAGUGUCAAGGGGAAAGAGAAGGAAGUACUGUCAAUCAUUCGAAAUGGCCUGCAGACCAAUGAGAGCAUAGACCUACAAAUACUUCGCCCAGCGCAGGAAGUAGUCACAGGCGAUAUCAUUGCCGUCCAAGGGGCGGACGGCAAGGAUAGUGUCAGAAGUGUAUCUGCCAUGCUGCACAAAGAGCGUCCCAGCGCCCCGAUGGCAGAGCGUACAAGCUUGUCCAGGAAAGAGGCGCAGGAUCUCGAAGAUCGGAUGCUCGAGCUUGCCAUCAAGUUGUCCCUCGACGAACAAAAUUCAGUUCCCUCUCAACCCGAACAACCAAGGAAAAGACUUUCAGCGCCUGCACAGAUGGAGGAUUCGGACGACGAUGAUGUCAUUCUGGACCCACGAAGGGGACGACGAGUGGUGUCGCAUCCUGUCGGUCAAUCAGUCAAGCUUCCUCUCAAGAGCAACUCCAACGAUUCUUCACACAUCCCUGACGAAUUUCUUUGUCCAAUUACGCUUGAGCCUAUGAGCAACCCUGUCCUAGCAGCCGAUGGUUUCAGUUACGAAAAGGAGGCCAUGGAGGAGUGGCUGGCGCUGGGACAUCGCUCCUCUCCCAAGACAGGAGCGCCAUUGUCGCAUCUAUCACUGACCCAAAACCAUGCCCUUCGGAACUUGAUAAGGGAAUAUGUUUGGGCUCCACAAGAUGCUCCGCGAUAG